UAAUUAACUAUUUAGUGUAUAUGUAUAGUGGUCACAAACUGAAAUGAAAAGCAAGAUUAAAGAGAAGAAGUUGAAAGUGACAUGACAAGAGCCAUGUUUUUCAUCUAAUGCCUUAGGUUAGCGUAGAAGCGUUCAUCCGACGGCAGAGCAGAUCGUGGUGAUGGAGGCGUCACAGUCACCGAACAACAAUCCGAAUCCAAACCCUAACCCUAACCCGAAUCGCAAUCCACUAUCGUCAUCGGUGCCGGUGUGGCCCACAAUCGAUGGGCCUUUGGGGCUGUCGGAGGAAGAAUCAGUGAACUACGCGAGGAGGUUCUACAAAUUCGGAUUCGCAGUUCUUCCUCUGCUUUGGGCCGUCAAUUGCUUCUACUUCUGGCCCGUCCUCCGCCACUCCCACUCCUUCCCUCGCAUUCGCCCUUAUGUUGUCGGAUCAGCAGUUGGGUUCACUGUAUUCACGGCGCUUCUCUGUUCCUGGGCUCUAACAUUUGCCAUUGGAGGGGAACGCCUCUUGGGUCCUGUUUGGAAUCAAUUGGUUAUGUACAAUCUUGCUGAUAGAUUAGGCUUAACAAGCUGGAGCUAGUUGUAUGGCACCUCUGGGCUUUGACCCUGAUAGAACAAAUAUUUUGAUCUUUUAUUCACCAGUUACCUUCUUUAAUGGCUGGGUGAAUGGAUGUUUAUUACUAAUAAUACAUUUGAUUGUGUAAUCUGUCAAUUGAAUUAGUACCAUGCUGUGGCUUUUAUCUCUUAAGGAACAUUUGAUAGAUAAAA